AUGGUUCUUGCUACAUCCAUUCUUCUUCCUCUUUACCUUUACCCUACCCAAGGCGCAUGGACCUGGGUUACCAACGCCAUCGCUGCCUACCCAUCCCUUCCAUUCACCAUCAUCGUCAACCCAAAUUCUGGACCAGGACCUUCAAAUGCCUACCCAGAGACUGAAUAUAUCGCCGGGAUCACCACUUUGACAAAGUAUGAUAAUGUGAAAUUAUUGGGAUAUGUGGACACCAGAUACAUGGCCAAGAGUACAGUCGCUGUAGAUCAGGAGGUUGAAACUUAUAAAUACUGGUCCACCUACACCAAAGGUGAUAUCGCAAUUGAUGGUAUCUUCUUCGACGACGCCGUCAACGAAUGGACAUCCAGUUCCUCCACCUACAUGAGCGCCAUUGCCGCAAAUGCGCACGCCAUGAAUCUCACCGUGACCUUCAACCCCGGUACCAUUGCCGACGAACAAUUCUUCGAUAUUGCCGAUAAAAUCGUCAUGAUUGAAGACGCGUAUUCUUCAUACUCGUCUGGAAAGGGCGAUUCCCUAAAAUCCAUUGCGAGCAGUCACUGUGAAAAAAGCUCUGUAAUUCUCUACAAUUUUAGCAGUUCCUCGGCCCAGCAGACUUCGACUGUGAAUUCGAUUGUGAAGUCGGGGGUGGCGGAGAUUUAUAUUACGACGGCGGGAUAUACGAGUCAGAGUUCGAUGUGGACGCAGCUUGUGGCGGCGGUGGAUAGUGCGAUUGCGAAGUAA